CCCCGCCUUGACCCUCUGAUAAGAAAACCCCUGCCCAGCCCAGCAAGCGUUGAUUCGUAUUUAAAUACGCCACACAUUUGGGCACCUUUCAAACUUAAACCUCUCGCUCUUCUUCAUCCAAGUUCUAAUCGCUUCAGAAAAUAAAGUAAUCGCCCAUGGAAGAUGACGAGUUCAUCGACCUACCUGGCCAACCUUCUCAAGGUCCUUCUUCGUCGGAAAGAUACCUGCUAGGCUUCGUCUGCGCCCACAUCGUUGGGAUUAAACACUAUUCUGGUACCAUCAGUGGCCGUGAAAUGGUUGGUCUGGUCCGGGAACCUCUCAACCCCUACGAUGAGAACGCCAUUAAGGUCCUCAACACUCGAGCAGAUCAGGUUGGGCAUAUUGAGCGCUCAGUCGCUGCCGUACUGUCUCCCUUGAUAGACUCCAACCUUAUCAUUGUGGAAGGCAUUGUGCCCAAAACGUAUUCUGGUAACAAAUUCAAGAUUCCUUGUCAAAUUCAUAUAUUUACGACGAUUGAGACUUUUCCAGCCGUGAAAGAUGUGAUUUCAGAAGGUGGGUUAACUUUAAUUUUAGUAUCCGAUGCAGCGUCUACGUUGUCAGAGUCUAUGGCUGUGAAAGAUAAGAUGGCUAAGAAAGAGUUUAAGUCUGUAGAUGAGAUUUUUAAGUUGGUUGAUGAGAAUAUUAGCAAAAGGGGUGCAUUGGAAGCAUUGGAGCCUCCUCGAAGCGUCAUCAAGUCUAAUCUUUUCCUGCAUCAGAAGGAAGGUUUAGGAUGGUUAGUUCAUAGAGAGAAUUCUACUGAAUUGCCGCCGUUUUGGGAAGAAAAAGAUGGAGCCUUUGUGAAUGUUUUGACUAAUUAUCAUACGAACAUAAGGCCGGAGCCUUUGCGAGGUGGUAUUUUAGCCGAUGAUAUGGGAUUAGGCAAAACCUUAACUUUACUUUCUUUAAUUGCUCUUGAUAAAGAUUCUUUCACUCUAAAUAUGGAAGAAGGAAAGCAUGAUGAAGGUUUCGCUGUUUCAAGUGAUAAGAAGAGGAGAAGAACUAAUAUACAGACCACUGUAUCAGAAAAAAGACGCAAGACUGAGAGUACUUCUUCAAGGGGCCAUGUAAAUGAAAAAUCUGUUCUUGUAGAUGGCACACCUUCAACUGGCAUGGAUACAAAGACUACAUUGGUUGUGUGCCCUGCUUCUGUAAUUUCAACAUGGAUAUCACAGUUAGAAGAACAUACUAAACCAGGCACAUUGAAGACGUACAUGUAUUAUGGUGAUAGAAGGACCGAGGAUGCUGAAGAACUUAAGAUGUAUGAUUUAGUGUUAACCACAUACACCACUUUAGCUAUUGAAGAAUCUUCUCCAGAGUCACCCAUAAAUAAAGUAGAUUGGUGGAGGGUCAUUUUGGACGAAGCACAUGUUAUAAAAAAUGUGAAUGCUAAACAAAGUCAAGCUAUCAUGAAAAUUGUAGCUAAGCGGAGGUGGGCUGUUACAGGAACACCAAUUCAAAACGGUUUAUAUGAUUUAUUUUCUCUCAUGUCAUUUUUACGCUUUCAACCAUUUUCAACAAAGAGUUAUUGGCAGAGCUUAGUGCAACUUCCUCUUGCUGAAAGAAACCCAAACGGACUCUUACGUCUUCAGGUUUUGAUGGCAACAAUUUCAUUGCGAAGAACAAAAGAUAAAGCAUUGGUAGGAUUGCCUCCAAAAACUGUAGAGACUUGUUUUGUUGAACUUCUUGAGGAAGAACGGAAACUGUAUGAUCAGAUUGAAUCGCAAGCAAAGAACAUAGUGGCGGGUUAUUUAAAUGAUGGAAGCUUAAUGCGCAACUAUUCCACUGUACUUGGAAUAAUUUUACGGCUUCGCCAAAUUUGUACCGAUAUGGCAUUGUGCCCUUCAGAUCUCAAAUCUUUACUCCCUUCAAAUAACAUUGAAGAUGUUUCCAAUAACCCGGAGUUGCUGCAAAAGUUGGUUGAGGUGCUGCAAGAUGGUGAAGAUUUUGACUGUCCAAUAUGUAUUUCUCCUCCAACUGACAUUGUAAUUACAUGUUGUGCUCACAUAUUCUGCCAAGCUUGUAUUCUGAAAACCCUGCAACGGAGCAAAGCCUGCUGUCCCCUUUGUCGUCACCCCCUCAAAGAAUCUGACUUGUUCUCUGCGCCGCCUCAAUCUUCUGAUGGUGAUGCUACUGGACUGUCCUCAGACAAAACAAGCUUAUCCUCUAAGGUGUCUUCUCUGCUAAAACUUCUUGUUGCCACAAGGGAUCAACAUCCAGCUGCAAAAUCAGUUGUAUUUUCUCAAUUUCGUAAGAUGCUGAUUUUACUGGAACAGCCUCUGAAAGUAGCUGGUUUCAAGAUAUUGCGUCUUGACGGGACCAUGAAUGCUAAACGAAGGGCUCGGGUUAUGGAAGAAUUUGCAGUUGGAGGAACAGAUGAGCCCACGGUUCUACUGGCAAGCCUCAAGGCUUCAGGCACAGGUAUAAAUCUGACAGCCGCCUCCAGAGUAUACUUGUUGGAGCCAUGGUGGAACCCGGGAGUGGAGGAACAAGCAAUGGAUCGUGUGCACCGCAUUGGGCAGAAAGAGGAGGUGAAGAUUGUAAGACUGAUUGCUAAAAACAGCAUUGAAGAGAGGAUAUUGGAGUUGCAAGAGAAGAAGCAGCAGCUUGCCAAGGAAGCAUUUGGAAAGAGGAGAGGGAGGAAUGGUAGGGAAGUUGGAGGGGAUGAUUUCCGAAUGCUCUUAUCCUUGUGAGCUUUGCUCUUAUGUCAAUAUCAGUUGAUAGUUUGAUUAGAUGAAAGUGCAUGCAUGUUCCAUGUUUUGUGUUCCCUGCCUGCAGGAAACUUGUAUGGAUGGAUGUAUGUUCUGGUCUUUCUUUUUGUCCUUUUCAGGCCAAAUGCUUAUGCUGUUCCCAACCAGGAACAUUCAACAUGCCUAGUGUAAUGGCAGCAUGCACACAAGCUUCCAUUUUGAGAUUAAUGAUUCCAUUGACAAACAAGAUUUACAGGGGGGAAAUCUACUUAUUUUGCUUCUUCUUUGGGUGUUAUCCCUUGAAAGUAGGGUUAUGCAAAAGUUCUUUACUCUCGUCUGGCUGAGUCCAACUCAAAACAACUUGGUCUGAUUCGGUCCAAAUAAAAAUUAGUUUUUUAAGACUAAAAGAUCAAACUCUUUAUUUGAGUUGGAUUGAACAA